CGGCCAUGUAUCGAGCAGCCUCUCGUAUACCCAGGAGAGCGGCACUGGCUGCUAGCGCUGCUGCUACAGGCCUCGUUCUGCACGAGCAGCCUCGGGAGAAGCUCUCAAUCUACUCCUCUCCGGACCCUCAAAUCGUCCUCGUCGAAUCACCCAGCCCACUGUCACUACAGAUCGCGGUGUACAGGCGCCACCUGCAGUCUACCUACGCCGAUACCCAUGCUUAUGUCCAGGGAUGGGUUUCCAAAUGGAUUGAGGUCGAACAGGCUGUUGAGAACCGUGUAAAAUCCAUUAUUUCUCCCAACGAGCCUCUCACUCCGGGCCUCCUAUACGUUGGUGUUUCAACCCUCACCGGUUCUAUCAUCGCCCGCAACAGGUUCAUCCUCACCCGACUCGCCCUACCCCCACUCUUCCUCAUCCUCUCCGCCCACCACUUCCUCCCCGAAACCACAACCAACCUCUCCAACUACCUCGGCUCCGUGGAGGAACACUACUUCCCCACUCUCGCUCAAAAACAUGAAAUCGCCAAGGCGCACAGCAAGAUGGGUUGGGAGAUGCUCAAGGAGAAGACCCAGGAACUUCGGGAGAAGGCUGGCAACGGCGUCGUGGGUGCUGUGGAUAAGGUACAGGGUGCAACCGGGUUGAAGAUCAAGGAGACGCUUGGUUUGCAGAGGGAGGAGUUCAAGAAGGCGGUGGAGGAGGUUAGGAGGAGUGUGGUCGAGAAGGCUGAGGAGGCUCUCAUUGCCAAGUCGCAGACCGAGGCCCCCGUUGAACCUGCUGCUGCUGCUCCCGAGCCAGCUGUUCCUGAGAAGAAGGAAGAGAAAGAGCCUAAGCGCCUCGUUUGAUUCCAGUCUUCAUCCUGUCCUACCGUUAUAGAAUUGAUAGAUUUCUUUU